AUAUAAGUUGAAGCGCGCAGAAAGCUGGUGAAGAGACGACGAACCUUUUCCCUUUGGAUCAAGUCGGACUGUUAAUAUAUAGUCUCAGAAUGAGCUGGUGGUGGGCCAGAGCUACUGCCGCUGCAAAGAAGAAAUAUGAAGACGAAGAAGCACCACCUCGAAGCUACCAGAGCGUGGGCCUGGUGAUCGGCGUGACUGGCAUCGUCGGCAACAGCCUAGCCGAAAUCCUCCCACUCCCAGACACCCCCGGCGGCCCCUGGAAGGUUUAUGGUGUGGCUCGUCGCCCACGCCCCAAAUGGAACGCUAACCAUCCAGUCGAAUACAUCCAGUGCGACGUCUCUGAUUUUCAUGACACUCAAGGCAAGCUUUCCCAAUUAACCGAUGUCACUGACAUCUUUUACGUCACGUGGUCCAGCCGACCAACCGAGGCCGAGAACUGCGAGGCCAACGGUGCCAUGUUCCGCAACGUGCUUCGCGCUCUUAUUCCAAAUGCUCCGAAUCUCCGCCACAUCUGCCUCCAAACCGGCACCAAACACUACCUCGGACCCUUCGAGAAAAUCGGCAGGAUCAAAAUCCACACCCCACCUUUUACGGAGGAUUUGCCACGUUUGAAUGUGUCGAAUAUUGGGGUGGAUUUUCUGUGGCUCUUGGCUCUUUGCUUGAUUCUGGUUGCUGUGGAGUGGUUUUGA